UAUAGGUUUUAUCUAAUGGAAGACUUAUUUUUUCUCAGGUAUGGACCAAGAAACAAUGGACCACCGCCGAUGUACCCUAACAUGGGGCCGAAACCCAUUCCACCAUUAUCGAGUAUUCCUAUUCAGGACCCGCCUCCAGGAUAUCGCGGUCGAUAUGACGGACCGCCUUUCGAAGACAUUCCUCCUGGACUGGAACCUCCAGUGCCUGGAUUUGAACCUUCACCUUUUGAAAAACCACCUUAUGGACCUCCAGGUCCUGGACCUAUUGAUCGUGAGAGAAUGCCGCCAGCUAAUUAUCGAGAUCCUUACAGAGCACCUUUUGUAGAAGGCCCUCCAGGAUACCGGGAUAUGCCGAUGCCUCCUGCGCAAAAUGAAAUUCCUGUUCACGUAGGUGACCCACCUCGAUACCGUGAUAACUAUAGAGGCCCCGGGCCGUACCGUGACCAGGGCCCGAUGCCAUAUAGAGAAGGACAACCAUUUCGUGAAAUGGGCCAGGCCCCACCAUACCGUGAUCCUGGUUUUAGAGGAGGACCGCCGGCACCCUUUAGAGAAAACUUUAGGAAUGCUCCAUUUAGGGAAGGCGUCUUUCGAGAAAAUCCUCCUCACGGCUUUCGUGAAGGUCCUGCACCAUUUAGGCCUCCAAGUGUUGACCCAAGAGAACCACCUCCUGCAAAUUUCCAUGAUCCAGCUUUCCGCGAUGGCUUUAGAGAUGAAAACAACCCGGGAAGAGAAAUGCGUCCUGGUUAUAGACCUGGGGUUCGUAAUAGAGGUCCUUCAAGGCGCAAUCCUAACUUUGAGCAAGAUAGACACCGAGAACCAGAAGGUCGUGAUAGAGAACGCUUUGGCGAUAUUAGAGAUCCAGCAGAACGGUCGCGUGAUAUUGAGAAAAGAGACAGACUCCGUGAAGACAGGCCACGUGAAGAACGUUCUCGUGGUGAUCGACCUCGUGAUCACGAAAGAAACCGAGAAUGAAAAGAGAGAGAGCGUGAGCAUGAUAGAGCAACACCCGAGAAGAAAGUCCGUGGGUCGCCGAAACGUAAUCGUGAUACACGUGAUAAACGUCGAAGUGAAUCGAGAGGUCGCUCUCGUGAUCGAGACCGUGAUGCAAAGCGAGAUAAGAAAGAAGAGAGACUUCGCGAUAAAACGUCAUCCGAAAGAGCCAAAGAGCAUAAAGACAAAGAAAAGAAAUUGAGGGAUAAGGAAAGAAAGAAAAAGAAGAGAGAAAAGGAGAAAGAAAAAGAUACAGACAAAAAGAAAAAACGAGAAAAGAAGGAUAAGAAAGAUAAGGAUAUCGUUAAAAAAGAAGACAAGGAAGAUAAAGAGGAAGACGAAGUAGAAAAAUCUUCUAAUAAAGAUGACGCCGUAGACGACCAAAACAAAACUGAUACUGAUAAUGUUUCCGAUGAAAACAAGAUAAAUAAUGAACUUGGUGAAAACAAUACAGAAGAAAAACUUGACUCUCCAAAAGGAGUUGUAAAAAAUGAACCUCAAAAUGAUUUAUAUGGCGAUGAACCUGCAGAAGCAAUUGACAAAGAAAUCAUUCAAAAUUACGUCAAAACUGAAGAUAAUGAAGGUGUUAAAGAGGAAGUUACUGAAAGUAACGUUGAUCCAGGACUUAAAGAAGAACCUUUUGAUGGAAUUGAAUUACAAGUUACUGCGGAAGAAUUAGAUCUAAAAGCAGAUAUAGAAGGUACAACCGAAAAGGAAAUGUUGGCACCUUUACCUGAACUAUCAAAAUGGGAAGUUGAUGAUGACAAUAACGAAAGAAAAGAACCAGGUGAAAUAACCUCACCCGAUGAAGAAGAUUCCGGUAAAGUAACUUCAGAAGUUUUGAAGCGAGCUGAAAAUGCAAUAUUUGCAAAGGCUAUUCAUUCUCUCAGACCAAUAGAAAUAAAAAAAAUAAGUGGCGAUAGAGCCAAACUUUAUGACGAUAACGCACAGGCGAAAGGUUCCAUGAAUAAUAUUCAAAUUACCGUUCCGGUAGCAGAUCCCGAACAUAGAUCUAUAGAAAUAAAUGAUAAAACCAAGAAGAGAACUUCUAAAACCCCUCCUCCCAGAUUGUCUGUAAAAGAACGAUUGGGAGGCAAAGUAGAUGAUAUUCGUAGAUCAAGGGAACCUCGUGUUGUACAUAGCACAGUUGAACGAGUGAAGUCUCGGUCUAAAACACCUAAAAAGGAACAACCAUAUCGUAGAGUAACCGUUGAUAGAGAUAGAAGCAAAAAACCGGAAUCAGUCGGCAGAAUGGAACCAAAAGGAGAGAAGCCGCGUUUGAUAGCCGACGCUAGAGGGUUGCAAGAGAAAUUUUCAAGUCGUAGUCCAAAUCGUGAUAAAAAACGAAAAGAUGUAGACAGAGGAAGGGAAUCUAAAAAGAUAAAGUCCGAAUCAAGUGUCGAUUCUCGCAGCCAAGAUAAAAGUACGUCGAGUGUCGUAAAAACGACUGCUGAGCGAGAGAGAAAGAAGUCUACCUUGGAUGAGGCGCACUUUGAGCCUGACUACGACGAGACAGUAGAGUCUGAGCACGAAGGAAAAGACGAUGCUGUGGGUAAAAAACGCGAGCGGUCAAUGUCACAAACCGUAACCAGCGAAGUGAAAAAACCUAAACUAGAAGAAGAAACAAUCAAAUUAGAUUUAGCUAAUGUUAAAAAGAAACCUGAUACCGAAAGUGAAUCCUCGAGUGAUUCUGAUACAUCGUCAUCGUCCUCUUCGGAUACCCGUAAACGUAAGAAGAAGAAGAAGCGUAGCAGCAAGAAAAAGAAGAAGCGAGCCGCUAGCGACAGCGAUAGCGAUUCUGACUCCGACUCCGAUGACCACAAGAAAAAGAAAAAGAAACGUAAGCAUAAGAAGAAGUCGAGUAAGAAAAAGAAAAAAACUAAGCAUAAGUAGUUAAGUCCUAGACAGACUUUGACAAAAGUAUAUAAUAGGCAUAUUUGCAUACCUAUCGGUAAAGCUUCGUUUUAACAUUAUGUUCCUUUUAUUUUGUUUCCAAUAAUUAGGAUUUUUAUCGGAUUACCUUUACAAUUUCUAGAGUAGGUACUGCAUAAAUGCACUUCAUAGUCAUGAAAUGUAAUAAACUAAUUAUUUAAUAAUAAACUAUUCUGGUGGUAUCAA